AUGGGGGUUGAGCCCCAGGCUCUGGUUCUCAGGCUCCGCUCCAGCCUGGACAGCCACGCUCCCUCUGAGAACAACAGCCAAUCACAGGGCAUGCGUGAUGAGCGUGUAACAGUGUGUCAGCUGGUGAUCGCCAGCAGGGAGAGCCAGUAUAAGUGGAGGUGCUAAGAGACCCAGCUCAAAGACCAGGUAGUGGAUGAGAAGUCAUGUAUGCAGUUCUCCAUCCGGAGGCCCACCCUGCGUCCGCUGAGACCACCCAGAGAACGUCUGUACGCCGCCUGGACGUACACCUGGCUCCGACACCUCAACCACAACGGACAGGUGGAGGAGGAGUACAAGCUACGCAAGGCCAUCUUCUUUGGGGCAUUGACCCUUCCAUCCGCGGGAGGUGUGGCCCUUCUUACUGCCUACUACAGCUUGACUCCUCCUCCAGGAGAGAGAGGCCUGGAACUGCAGAAACGCUCCGAGUACCAUCACAUCCAGCAGAGGAGGUUGUCUAUGAGUCCUGAGGACCACAGUGACUUCUGGAGAGGUCAGUUCACCGUGGAUAAGGACGUGGUGAGAACAGACCGCAGCAACCACUUCUUCGGAGAGAACAACCCAAUGCUCCCUUCCUCCAGGUGUGUGCUGCUGAACUACGCCGUGUUCAACCCAGAGAUGGGCUACUGCCAGGGCAUGUCUGACCUGGUGGCUCCCCUGCACGAGGUGCAGGACGAGAGUGACACGUUCUGGUGCUUCGUCGGCCUGAUGGAGAACACCAUCUUCAUCAGCUCUCCCCGCGACGAGGACAUGGAGAGACAACUGAUGUACCUGAGGGAGCUGUUGCGUCUGAUGCUGCCCCGGUUCCACCAGCACCUGACCCAGCUAGGGGAGGACGGGCUACAGCUGCUGUUCUGUCACCGCUGGAUCCUACUCUGCUUCAAACGGGAGUUCCCCGACACAGAGGCCCUGCGUAUGUGGGAGGCCUGCUGGGCACACUACCAGACGGACUACUUCCAUCUGUUUGCGUGUGUGGCCAUCAUCGUGCUGUACGGUGAUGACGUGACGGAGCAGCAGUUAGCCACCGACCAGAUGUUGCUCCACUUCAGUAACCUCUCCAUGCACAUGAACGGGGAGCUGGUGCUGCGCAAGGCCCGAAGUCUGCUCUACCAGUUCCGUCUGUUACCCAGAAUCCCGUGCAGCCUCCAUGACCUGUGUAAGCUGUGCGUCCAGGAUGUGGGACAGUCCUACAUCCCGCCGUGGAGUGUUCUGGGGAGCACCCCGACUCCCAGAGUGCCCCUAUGGAGGCACAGCCACCCCCAGCGCCUCCGCCUCGCCUCGCCAAGCCCCACCCCACUCCCCGAGGGCAAGAGAGGCUCCAAGACCAGAAGACAUCUUCAUGUUUCGGAAGCAGUCCUGAGUUGA